AUGAAAAGAAUUAAUGAAAAUGUCUUAACUUUUACUGAAUUAUCCGCCCUCAGUCAAAUUCCGAGUCAUCCUGCUUUACCCAAAAAGAAUGAUAAGUUAUUAGAAUGUAUUCUCUUAAUGGCUUAUUUAGGAUUAAGAGUGAGUGAAGCAAUCAAGUUCUCUUGGCAACAAGUAAAAGUAGAAGACAAGGAAGCUUUCGUGGUUUUAGGAAAAGAUGUAGCCCAAUAUUUACUGAGUUUAGAUCCUCAAAGAAAAUAUUUCACUAAAAACCACGGUAACUUUCGCUUAAAUUCUCUGCUUCAUAUUUGCCAAAUCCUUUACUGUGCGAAAUCUGGAAAGAUGCUCUUUAAAGAAGAUAUGCUAGCUUAUCCUCCUAGUUGGUAUAAAUUAUCCCUUAAACAGCAGGAAAAGUUAGCAACCAUUAUGGGAAAUCAAGCAAUUAAAAAUAAAAGAGCAAGUAUUCUUAAACUUUACCAAAAAGUCCAAUUAACUGAACCAAAUCGGAAAUUGUUGAACAACUAUUGCCGGUCUUUUACUGGUUAG